AUGACAGCCAUCCCCAAUCCCGUUUUCAAGUUCAACCGGGAAGCAUACUCGGUAAAAAUAGAGAACAUAGCGAAUUCUGGUGCGAAACAAGCUGCCGUGCACGGUGAAGUGACUAAAGCUGAGGAGUCUAUGAGCGGCAGCCGGCGAGUCCUGAGCCUGUCUUUCAUGACUCAUGACGAUGCGAAGAAGGCAUUGUGUAUGUCAGGCUACAAUGUGGCAGGAGUCCCGCUUGCGGUCACCUUGACUUCGCCGUCCGAUCCUUCCCGUGCCGCCAAACAUGGAAAUCAGCCUAACAAUCGGCGCAAUCUCUACGUUCUAGGGCUGCCCUUCGACCUCACGAAGCCAGAUUUCGUUGAUAUUUUCUCUCGUUUCGGCACGGUGUCCCACGCAGUGAUUCUUGCCACGGUCGACAAUGCUUCUCGCCGUCGAGGUUUCGUCGUCAUGAGCUCCCAUGAGGAAGCUAAGGCCGCCAUGGACGGCUUGAGCCGCAAAGAAAUCAAAGGGCACACGAUUGAUGUCUCAUGGGCUGUUGUCCAACGUUCUCAAGGCUUCCUCGAUGGCGGUGACCGCACUACUGUACUGGCUAGUCAGUCGCCAUCUCCAUCUCCUUCACCAUUCGAAUUCGGUGGUCCGAGUUCUGGUCCCUCGUCUGCAUCUGUCUCUCUCUCGUCAACGCCCCUUCCCGAGCGACCCUGUGCCUCCGUCCCUAUUCAAGCAACUAGUUUAUUGGUCUCCAAUCUGCCUGCCGUUCUGUUCUCUCAGCUCGCCGACUUGCACCCUUUGUUUUGCCCUUUCGGCGAUAUCAAGAAGAUAGAAAUUCUGGAUUAUGCACGUUACAACACUACGCAAGGCCAUAUCACAGUCAUUGUAGAAUAUGCCACUGUGGCUCAAGCGCAAGACGCUGGGAACGCAUUGCAUGGUCAAAUGUACUCCGCUACUCCUGUCAAGGUAGAGUUCCUGCAACAACCCAUCAAUCCUGAAUUUGGUGCUCCUCUCGACUGCAAGGACUCGAGGACUAGGCUGAAUCCUCAUGCUGCGCCGUUCAUUGUUCAUGGUAUAUCUCCGGAGACCGUUCUGGCACCUGUCUCCUCGCUCUACAAUGAAUCUCGGGUUGACAACAAUCGUCUUGCACCUGUUCCUAGUGGAUUGCUGGCCGUUAAUCCGUAUUCGCUUCCCCAAUAUGUGACACCCACCUCCCUCUAUACCCACCUUUAUGUUCCUGUUGCUGGGAUGAUGCGACCCAAUUCUGCUCCUUCGCCUUGGUCGGACUCUUCGCAGCAGCAGGUGCGCGCAGGCGACUGGGCUUUUGCUCAACUGCAACACUUCCCGAAUCUCUCCACUCCUUCUCUGGGUCAGCCUUCUGCCGCCUGA